AUGAAGAAUGUGGGAGCUACGAGAAAUAAUGGUUCUAUUACUUUCUGGAAAAAGCUUUGGAAGGGAAACAUACUCCCAAAAUGGAAAAUGUUCUUAUGGAAAUUGGUAAACAAUGCUCUUCUAGUGAGGAGGGGUUUGAAGAGAAGAAACAUCAUUCAAGAUAGUCUUUGUGUGAUCUGUAGCCAAAAUGAAGAGUUUGAGAAACAUUUAUUUUGGGACUGCUGGCUUGCUGCUCAUAUUUGGAAAUCAUGUCAACUUGGAAUCAAUACAUCUAGUGCAUUUAGCAUCCCUAUGUCAAGUUGGGUUAAGAAUUUCCUGAUCUUUCUAUGGAAAGAGGACGGGCAUGAAAGCUCGAGAGUUAACCUGUUCAUUGCUGUUAUGUGGGGAAUUUGGAUUCAGACCUGUCCAGCUACGCUUCUUAGGUGGAUUCAAGGAAUAUUGAAGGAAGUAGAGCAGGCAAAUUGCGUAAGUAAAAAACACACACAGGUAAGAUGCAUAAGACAGGAAGUACAACAACAUAGAUUGGAAAACCAAAAAGUUUGCCUUGCAGGUCAAAGCGAUAUACAUUCUGAUAUCCUCCUUGUUGAUGGUACAUGGAAAGCGAGUAAGGGUACAAGGAAUGCUAUAGCUGCUGUUGGUUGGAUUCUUGUUCGUGCACAAAGUAACACCCAUGAAGGAAGUGAAUGUGUUUAUGCUCAUAGUGCACUGCAAACUGAGGCUUUAGCAGUUUCGAAGGGCUUAGCUUAUGCUAGACAAUAUGAGGUGGAUAGCAUAAUUGUUAAAACUGGUAGCAGCAAACUGGUUCAAGCAUCAUGA